UCUGUCGUCACUACGCAAGGGAUAGCGACGUGGAAAACAUGGAGGAAAGCACUAUGUAGAGUAAACUUAAUUGUCUCAAAUUCCACACAAUUUCAAGUAUUUGACUUUGUAAGUUUCACAUGAUAUACAAAUUGGAUUGAACGGGGGAUUUGUGUAAUUAAAAAAACAAAACACGUAGCCCCUCAUCUGUCCUGGGUGCCGAGAGACCGCGGAAACUGCCAGAAUCAUUUAUGACAGGAUUUGGCAUAUGCUUGGUGAAAAAGCAGUGAAGAGUGGUGAGUCUGGCUGAGUGGAGCCAGCAGAGAUGGGUGCCAACACUAGCCAAGUCAGUGACCUGUCUGAAAACCCCAGCCUCAAGGCCCUGGUGGGCACGGAGUCCAUAUCGGAGAAUGACCCUUUCUGGAACCAGCUCAUCUCCUUCACCUUUAUCAGUCCCACUAGCAGUGGGGACUCUAAGUUGCUGGAAGAGGCUGUUAUCCCCCUGGCCAAGGUCCUCAUUGAAAACAAUCCCAGAACGGGGAACUUUGGCGCUCUUGUGAGAAUUUUCCUGGGAAGAACCAAAGAGUUGAAAAUCUCUACAGAAUGCCAAGAUCAGCUGUUUAUCUGGCAGGCCCACAAUGCACUGUUCAUGAUCCGCUGCCUGCUCAAGGUGUUCAUCAGGGAGAUGAGUGAAGAGGAGCUGCACCUACAGUUCUCCUACCAGGAGAGGGCACCAGGCUCCUGUGGAGAAACAGGCAGCCAGGACCUCCUUGAAGAGCUGUUGUCCAACCUCGUUCACCUGAUCGUCGACGUGCCCCUCCUUGACAUCACCUAUAGCAUCCUGUUUGAAGCAGUGACCACGCUGCUGGUAUUCUUCUCCUAUCAGCUCUUCCACAAAGAGAUCCUCCGAGAUGGAUUAAUCUACCAGCACAUCAUGAAGGGACGAUGUUUGUCUUUAACUAGUCGACUGGUGAAGACCCUGCUCUAUAACUUCAUCAGGCAGGAGAAAUGUCCACCUCCAGCAGCCCACAUCUUUGAGCCGAAAGAUGAGGGAGGCCUGCUUUACGGCCUGGCAUCUGGGGUGGCAAGUGGGCUGUGGAGUGUUUUCACAUUGGGUGGAGCUGGCAGCAAAGCUGGGAUAGACCAGGAACACAACCCUUUACCUUUGUCCAAUCAGAGCCUUCUGUUACUGCUUGUCCUAGCCAAUCUGACGGAUGGGCCUGACUGGCCCAACCCCUACCGCCAGGCUAUUACUUGUUUCAGAAACACACAAGACACGUCAUCGCUUCCUGUGGAGCAACCUCACACUUUCCAGAUCAAUUUCAACAGUCUGUACACAGCGCUGUGUGAGCAGCAGCGCUCUGACCAGGCCACACUACUACUGUACACCCUCCUUCACCAGAAUGCCAACAUGAGGACAUACAUGCUCUCCAGAACCGACAUGGACAAUCUGGUGUUGCCCAUCCUUGAGAUCCUUUACCACGUGGAGGACAGAAAUUCUCAUCAUGUCUACAUGGCCCUCAUUAUUCUCCUCAUCCUUACAGAGGAUGAUGCCUUCAAUCGCUCCAUCCAUGAGGUGGUAUUGAAGAACAUCUCAUGGUACACAGAGAGAACACUGACAGAGAUCUCACUUGGCAGUUUGCUCAUCCUGGUGGUCAUCCGCACCAUCCAAUUCAACAUGACCCGGACAAGGGAUAAGUACCUGCACACCAACUGUCUGGCUGCACUUGCUAACAUGUCAGGCCAGUUUCGAUGCCUUCACCAGUACGCUGCCCAGCGCAUCAUCAGUUUAUUUGCUUUGCUUUCCAAAAAGCACAACAAGGUUUUGGAGCAGGCGACACAGUCUCUGAGAGGCAGACAGGGAGACAACACAGCCUUGCCCGACUAUGCCCAGGAUCUGAAUGUGAUUGAGGAGGUGAUCCGCAUGAUGCUGGAAAUCAUCAACUCUUGCUUGUGCAACUCUCUACACCACAACCCCAACCUGGUGUAUGCGCUGCUCUACAAGAGGGAGCUCUUUGAGCAGUUUAGGAUGCACCCAUCCUUCCAGGACAUCAUGCAGAACCUGGACACGGUGAUCGGCUUCUUCAGUCAGCGUCUGGAGCAGGCUGGAACUGACCUGUCAGUUGAGAGGGUCCAGGAGGUCAUCAUGAAAGGAGCCCAGGCCCUGCCCAACGACAGACUGAAGAAGUUUCCGGAGCUCAAGUUUAAGUAUGUGGAGGAAGACCAGCCCGAGGAUUUCUUCAUCCCCUACGUCUGGUCCCUGGUCUUCAACUCUGGAGUCGGCCUCCACUGGAGCCCGCAUGGCAUCGAGCUGUUCAGCAUGGACUCAGGCUGAAAGACCUGCUGCAGCAGAAUGCGUGUGUCUUCAUCCCCGUUCAGUAUGGGGGGGGGAAGACUGAUGGCAUGUGUGUGUGUCUGUGUUUGGGCGGGGGGGUGUGCAUUGCCCUUUAUAGUAUGUGCACGCUGCUUUGAAAGUGCCUCGACCUUGUACAGAAUGGUGUUUGUUUUUUCUUUUCAUGCAGCACAACCUCUUCCCCCCUCAUAUCAUAAUAACUCCUCUGCUUCGACACUGUGAAGCGAACAGUUCACACAGUAGCGCCCACUCAUGUACAGUCAGUCCUGUUAGGGAAUUACCUAUUUAACAUUUGAGCAGCUCCACCUGGUUCCACAGCACAUGCCGAGUUGCAUCUCUUCUGCAAAGCAAUUCAUUAUAGUGAGGAGCUCAGGACACUGGCGAUGGAUAAUCCUGCGUUUUUUUUUUUCUUGCUUAUAAAGAAAGGUCAAUUAAAACACAUGCACCUAAGUGUUACACAGCUCUGGUAAAUGUUAAUUUACAGCUGCACUGAAUGCUAAGAAAUAGUACCAACUUAAUAUUCAAGAAGGCCACGUCUUGGAAGACACAGCAUUCAUCUCAUAAAUAACUCUUAUAUGAUAUAAAACUUUACGUGUGAUUAUCUCACAAAUUAGUUUUAUGUUGACCAACAUUGUCCUGUGAAUACAGUGGGUUUGUAUAAAAGGGGUUUGUGAAAUAAACUAAGGCCAGAAAAAGAGACAGAAAGUUUUGUUGUUUUCAGAUUUGAGUCCACCAGUGUUGCUUGGUGGCCACCCCCAAUAACCCACUUUGAAUUACAGUUUAAUUAAUGCUUAAUUUCAGUCCCUGGAUAAUAUUAGCAGUCCACAUCGCUGUGAUGCUUCCAGCCCAUUUAUUUGACUUUACCCUGUCUUUGUCGUUUCCAUUUUUUCCUGAUGGUAACCCAAGGCAAGUACUUAAACUAGGACAAGUCAUUAAACCUCCUGUCCUGUUGUGCAUAAUUACAUUUGUCUCUUUUGAUUUGUCAAUUUAUUUGCAUGUUUAACUAGAAACUUUGUAUUAAAUUAUUUAUUUUCAUGUAUGUUGUUUUUUAAUAUAUAUUCAGCCCCCCAAAGUGUAAACGUUAGUAGUACUGAAAUGACUACUACUAGUGAAAGAAAAAUGGUGGUAGUUUACUUUGAUUCUUCCCAGGUGGGAAACUGGCUUUAUAUUAGUACAUAUUAUAUGACAAUAGCUGUCAUUACAUUGAAAAUAGGAGUUUAAAUAAAAAUAUGAUAUCAAAGCGACCAAAGUGUUACAUGGUUAUUAAGCAAGGUGAAAUACUGUACCAUUCAGACAAGAACAUAAACAUAAAGGGGAAUAUAUUUGAUUUCCUCUGUCGAUUGUCUACCUCUGCUCCCUGUUGAACUGAAGCAAACACACCCUCUGUCUCACACUGCACAUUCAUAUGAACCUUGAUAUAGACAGAGCAUAAACCUCUGAAGUAAAGUAGACCAUUUUACAUUAAAUGCUCCUAAAACUGUGCCAUUGAUGCAAAAAAUAGUCCUAUGUGAUAAAAGGAAUUGAUAUAGGUUAUCUGGAAGAUAUCGACAUUAAUUUUUGCAGCACAAGACAAUUGUUACUUUUCACAGGUACAGUUGGUAGAACAGAGUUUGUACACGUGGCUCAAUUUUUUUUCUUUGUGUACUUCAUCAGUGCUUCCUUGGCUCAUUUCAGCGGCAGUUUUUCUUAAAUCUGUCAGCCAAAACACUCGUCACAUGCUGUUUAUAUCUCCAACACAAAAUAUUAAUAAACUUUAGCACUGUA